GGUUUCGGUGGUCCCGCAGCGAAAGUGAAACUUGCAACCAGCCAGGGAUUGUUCCUUUUGCGCUCGUGCUUCGUCGCCAUCGUUUUGCACCAAACGUUUGCUCUUGGAAGCCCAGCUUUGCCUUCCAUCAUGGCGACUCAGAUGAGCAAGAAACGCAAGUUUGUAGCAGACGGUGUGUUUUUUGCUGAGCUCAAUGAGCUUCUCACCCGAGAGCUUGCUGAGGACGGCUAUUCCGGAGUGGAGGUGCGCGUCACGCCUAUGCGAACUGAGAUCAUCAUCCGCGCAACCCGUACUCAGAAUGUAUUGGGUGAGAAGGGACGAAGGAUCAGGGAACUGACCUCCGUGGUACAGAAGAGGUUUCAGUUCCCGGAGGGUACUGUGGAGUUGUACGCCGAGAAGGUGAACAACCGGGGUCUGUGCGCCAUUGCCCAGGCUGAGUCGCUGCGAUACAAACUCCUGGGUGGUCUCGCUGUUCGCAGGGCUUGUUACGGAGUGCUGAGGUUCAUUAUGGAGAGCGGUGCCAAGGGUUGUGAGGUUAUUGUGAGCGGAAAGCUGCGUGCAGCUCGUGCUAAGUCCAUGAAGUUCAAGGAUGGUUACAUGAUCUCAUCUGGGAGCCCUGUCAACGAUUACAUCGACAGUGCCGUCCGACACGUUAUGUUGCGUCAGGGCGUGCUGGGCAUUAAGGUGAAGAUCAUGCUCGACUGGGAUCCAAAGGGGAAGCAAGGACCCAUGACUCCACUUCCCGAUGUAGUGACUAUUCACAUGCCCAAGGAGGAGGAGGAAUUUGCCCACAAGCCUCAUGUAGGCAAGGAAGCAGAGAUGUAAACCUUUACCUCGAGUACAAUGCAAUUUUUCAACUGAGUUUAUAUUUGUAUGUGUGAUUCAAUUCUGGGUUGUUUUAUGGAGUUGGCCGUUUCGACCUCUCGGUGUUAAGGGCUUCACGAAGCCGACAUCUAUCCUGAAAGGUUCCGAGGAGAAAUGGAUCCCAAGUAGCUGGCUUCGUAUAAUUUACGUGUAUUGAAGCAUCUUAUGAAGGAGAUCAGAAGUUUAUGGCAUUGUUGACCCAAUACACCUUUGAUGAGGUUGAGUGCCAGCUUUUUGAAUAUGGAAAGGAAUCAGUAUACAGUGUAAUGGUUUUGUUGAAGAGUGGUGUAAAGAAACUCUCGGAGGUUUACCAGCUUCGGGGGAGUUUUGUCUAAGGUGGAAAAGUUUGGUUUC